CAGCCCAACUUACGGCAACUUUGUGCAUGUCAAAGUGGAUGAGGACUGGAGAUUUCCUGACUCUGAUUCUGAGGGGAUACUUUAGCUGCACGUUCUUGGCCUUCAUGGGAUUACUGUUGUCCACCACUUUACUCACGUCCGCCUCCAUGUGCCGUGACUUUCCCUGCAGGACGAAUAUUACAGCGUAGCUAUUAUCAUCAAUAAUGUGGCAUACUUCGUCUCCGGUGAUUGUUAGGGCGACAACCAGCAUUUUGGAGCAGGGCUCUCCAGAGGGUGUCUUUACGUCGUGGGAUCCCACGCACUGAGUAAUACUGCUCUUGGCUACAAUUCCGGCCUCGAGUGGAACCGCACAACAAAACAGAAAGAUCAGCAAAUGAACUAACAUGGUGUUCUCGCAACUUGCAGAGAAGCACUGCACAAGCGUUCCGACCAUGGAAACGUAAGUUACAAUGCGCAUGCGCAAAGGUUCCAGCGCGCGAGUGUUUUGCUGAAUCAGCACACAGCCCGGUGUGGAAAGAGAUGUCAGAUGAUUUGGACUAUGCCUUGGCGUUGUCCUUGCAGGAGGAAUUCGAGAGAGAGAAGAGCAAGGAAGAGCGCGGCAAUGAUCUGCCAAAAAUAUCGACACAGAAACCGAUCUCCGACCGCGCCUUGGCGUUGUCGUUGCGUAAGCAGUUCGAAAACGAACGGAGAGGCGAAAAAGAGCGGGAAACACCGACACGGAACUGAUGCGUGAGCGCUACGACCCUAAACUGAUAGUGGAUGAGCGGUGGGAGCUGCUGGACCCGCAUCCCAACAUCCACGACCUCUUCGUCCUCUUUGACGCCAUGUUUUUCGAGCGGAGGCUGGUCAACGCCGGGGUGGAGGUCCGCUGGAGCCCCAGAAUGACUCUCUGUGCGGGAGUUUGCUCUUACGAGGGGAGGGGAGGUCUGUGCUCAGUACGUCUGAGUGUCCCACUCCUGAAACUGAGACCCAGGAAAGAUCUGGUGGAGACACUACUGCACGAAAUGAUUCACGCACUUCUGUUUGUGACAGAGAGAAACACGGAUCACGACGGACAUGGUCCAAACUUCUGUGCUCACAUGAAGAGAAUCAAUGGAAUCACUGGAGCCAACAUCUCCAUCUGCCACACCUUCCACCAAGAGGUGAGGCGGUACAGGCAGCACUGGUGGAGGUGCAACGGACCGUGUCGCGACAGAGCUCCCUUCCACGGCUGGGUGAAGAGGGCCAUGAACAGGGCACCCUCUCCGAGAGACAGAUGGUGGGCCGAGCACCAGAUGACAUGUGGGGGAUCCUACACCAAGGUGAAGGAGCCCGAGGGGUAUGGGAAGAAAACCGAGAAAACAAAGAAAGUCAAAGUCGAAGGAAACGAGAAAAAAGUCUCAAAAAAGGUGAAAACGUCUUCCAAGGAUAUUAAGGAGAUGCUGACUGGGAAAGUUCGGGGAGAGGAAGAAAGUAGAAAGUCAAGUAAAGGGAAGAAGAAACAAAGUUCUCCCAAUGACAGUGUUGAUACUAAGGUCUUCAGUGGACCGGGGCAUACGUUACGCGACAGGCCGGUUCUGUCUGACACUAGGCAGCCGUCGUCACAGAGCGAGCGUAGAAGGAGGCUCCUCGAGGCAGUGGAGAAGAGACAGCAAGUGGAUCAGUCCAAGGGAAUGAGGCGUAAAUCUGGCGGGAGAUUAUCGGGUGAUAUCAGAGACUUUUACGCGACCUCUCCGUCACAGAAUCAGAAGAGACUGAAACUGGAGGACUUUCGUUCCAGUACAAAUGGACCAGUAGCCUCAUCUGCAAGUAAUUUGUCUUCAUCUAGUAGGGACCUCCCUCCAGAAUAUCACAGUUCGUUGCCUGGACCAAGUCCUAGCUCAACACCGCAGGCGACCCCACAUUAUGAUGAGGAGAGUGAAGCGUGUGGGGAUGAGUGUGCGGUUGUUGACCCUGACAGUGUUGUGGUGUUGAUUAGCGAUGAUGAUGAGGGGGGCGAGAGUAAUUCUGGAGAUAGUGGGAAUGUGCCAGUGGGGAUGUGCCCAGUGUGUGGUCGUACGGACAUUCCUCAUGAUGUCAUCAAUAGUCAUGUAACUCUGUGUCUAGAAGAAGACGACCAGCAAGACCCAGCCUAUUAAAAACACUCACAUACAGCAAGAAGAAACUUU